AUGCAUAACCAAUACAUAUCUGUGAGUCCCAUCGAUGACAUCGCUCUGAAGACUGAGAAUGGACCUCAACCAAAGAAACACCGCUACGUACGCAAAGAGGGCAGCUGUAACGUCGCAUUUCGCCACGUUCCCGAAGAGUGCCUGCUGUUUGUGACCGAUAUCUUCACCACCUUGGUGGAGAUCAGAUGGAGGGUGAUGUUCCUGAUCUUUGCCUUGUCUUACAUCCUGUCCUGGCUUUUCUUCGGCAUCCUCUACUGGGUCAUCGCUCUCGCUAACGGCGAUACCAGUAACAUGACAAAUGAGCCCUGCAUGUACGAAGUGCACAGUUUCACCGCUGCUUUCCUGUUCUCGCUUGAAACUCAAACAACCAUUGGCUACGGUUACAGAGGAAUGUCCGAGAACUGCACGAUUGCCAUUAUCGUCGUCACUAUACAAGACGUCAUCAGCUGCUUCAUCGAUACGUUUGUCAUCGGAAUUGUUGUCGCCAAAAUGGCCUCGGCCAGAAAGAGGGCACAGACAGUGGGCUUCAGCAACCACGCCGUCAUCAAUCUUCGUGAUGGUUGCUUGUGUCUUUCCUUUAGAAUCGGGGACUUCCGCAGGAACCACCUAGUGGAGGGGACGGCAUGCGCUCAGAUUGUCCGCUCCACCGUGCAUGCCACAGGAAAAAUGGACGUGACAUUUGAAGAUCUGGUCAUCCAGCAGAAGGACAUCGUCCUGGUCACGCCUACCACAGUCUUCCACAGGAUCGAACCCGGCAGCCCUCUGUACAAGAUGAGUUUGGUAGAUCUCAGGAAAGAAGACUUUGAGCUGGUGGUGUCCUUUACCUACACGGACGACCGCAGUGGUAUGCUGCAUCAGACCCGAACCUCGUACACUCCAGCAGAAAUCUACUGGGGUCUGAUGUUCCAGGAGAUGAUCAGGGUCAGCAGGAAGCACUACAGGGUGGAUUACUCCUUGUUUAAUACAACCGCUAAGGUGCUGGUGCCCGAGGUCAGUGCUGAGGAUUACGAAUACAAGAAGCAGCGGCUGCUCUGUCCCAGAUAUUCCCCGCAACCUUCACCCGGACCUUCCCCACAGCCAAAUCAUCAUGAGAAACUUCUGAAACCCCCAACAGUAACUGUAGAACUUGUGAAAGAUAGUUUCCCUGAACUAACUGUUUCAACAUAUCAAGAAGACUAUCAAUAUCAAGACACGUUGACUCUGCCCAAUGCCCUCGCAAAUCCAGAAAUGUAA